AUGGCUCAGAGGCACAUUUCUGCCUUUAAGGGCACAAAGGGACGGCGGGAGAAACGGGGUCCGGAGCGGCGACAAGAAGGCGGGCCGGAGGGCUGGGAGAGAGCGAGGCGGAGAGGCAGCGGCUGGGAGCGGCGAGGCGGCCGUCGGCGGGGGACUACUUUGUGGCAUCGGCAGAGGCGGCGGAGGGGGCGGGGCGGCGCUGCCUCCCCUCUCGGAAGCUGCAGCCAUGAUGGGAGUCUAGCGCUGGCGCGGCGCUGCUGGGCGCGGAGCAGGCCGGGGGGGAAUGAGCCAGGCCGCGCCGCCGGCCCGCACGCCCUGAGGAGCCAACACCUUUGCCGCCGCCGCCCCGCCGUCGCCGAGGAGCCCCCCGCCCGCCCUCCCGGCGGCGCGGCCCCACCGCGCGGCUCCGGGCCCGCUGCCGCUACCGCCGCCGCUGCCGCCGCCGCCCCGGGCGGGGAGCGGAGCGGGGCGGAGCGGGGCCGGGCCGGGGGGGCGCCCCGAGCCGCUGUCACCAUUGCUGGGGCCCGGAGCGCCGGAGAGCUGCUCUCUCCGCCUCCUCCCCGUUCGCCUCAAAGACGGCGGCGGCGGCGGCACCCUCAGGGACUCGGCCCGGCUCCGGACCCUCUCUGCUCGGCCGCCGCCGCCGCUGCUGCUGCUCCCGCCCCGCUCGGCGCAGCGGCGGCAGGAGGAGGAGGAGGAGGGGGCAGCCGCCGCCGGGAGCCGUCGCUGCCGCCGCCGCGGAGGGAGGCGGGCCCGCCUGGGGCUGAGCCGCCGGCGCAGCAGGCCCCGCGGCCGGGGCCGCCCGGCGGCCGCCGGACCGCCGCCGCCACCACCCGGUCUCGCGCCCCGCCGCCGCCUGGCCCCUGCGCGCUGUCCCGGAGCGGCCCCCGGCUGCCAGACAUGACCGCCAUCAUCAAAGAGAUCGUCAGCAGGAACAAAAGGCGAUACCAGGAGGAUGGCUUCGACCUGGACCUGACCUAUAUUUAUCCAAACAUUAUUGCCAUGGGUUUUCCUGCAGAGAGACUUGAAGGAGUCUAUCGGAACAACAUUGAUGAUGUUGUAAGGUUUUUGGAUUCAAAGCAUAAAAACCAUUACAAGAUAUACAAUCUAUGUGCUGAAAGACAUUAUGACACCGCCAAAUUUAACUGCAGAGUUGCACAGUACCCUUUUGAAGACCAUAACCCACCACAGCUAGAGCUUAUCAAACCCUUUUGUGAAGAUCUUGACCAAUGGCUAAGUGAAGAUGACAAUCAUGUUGCAGCAAUCCACUGUAAGGCUGGCAAGGGCCGGACUGGUGUCAUGAUCUGUGCCUACUUGUUGCACCGAGGCAAGUUUUUAAAGGCUCAAGAAGCCCUAGAUUUCUAUGGGGAAGUGAGGACCAGAGACAAGAAGGGAGUGACCAUUCCCAGCCAGAGACGCUAUGUGUACUACUACAGCUACCUGCUCAAGAACCACCUGGACUACAGACCUGUGGCACUGCUCUUCCACAAGAUGAUGUUUGAAACUAUUCCCAUGUUCAGCAGUGGGACUUGCAAUCCUCAGUUUGUGGUGUACCAGCUGAAGGUGAAGAUCUUCACCUCCCCUUCGGGCCCCUCGCGGCGUGAGGACAAGUUCAUGUACUUCGAGUUCCCUCAGCCCUUGCCGGUCUGUGGUGACAUCAAAGUGGAGUUCUUCCACAAGCAGAACAAGAUGUUGAAAAAGGACAAAAUGUUUCACUUUUGGGUAAAUACAUUCUUCAUAGGACUGGAUGAGAACUCAGACAAAGUAGAGAACGGGAGCCUGGUGGCGGAUCAGGAGCUGGAUGGCAUCUUCAGCACCGAGCGCUCCGACAACGACAAGGAGUACCUGAUCCUCACCCUCACCAAGAACGACCUAGACAAAGCAAACAAAGACAAAGCCAACAGAUACUUCUCUCCAAACUUCAAGGUGAAGCUGUUUUUCACCAAGACAGUGGAAGAGCCAUCCAACCCCGAGGCCAGCAGCUCCACCUCCGUCACCCCCGACGUUAGUGACAAUGAACCUGACCAUUAUAGAUACUCUGACACCACUGACUCUGACCCAGAGAACGAACCUUUUGAUGAGGAUCAGCAUACACAGAUCACAAAAGUCUGAAUAUUUUUUUUAUCUCUUGAUUUA